AUGGAAAUAAGAGGUCCAGAAAAUGAUAUAAGAACGUCAGUCCCUUCAAGUUACAGUCAUCAGUCGUCAGGACUAGAAAGAAGAAAAGAUGGGAACCACAAUGGCACCACUGUCCUUACUUACACUCAAACCCUAGAUCACCAACACCAGCCCUCAAGAUCUCCUAACCCAGAUCGAUUUGCAAUCAUCUCAAGCGGGUCCAACUCCAAAGCAUCCAAUACAAGGUACCGUGAAUGUCUCAGAAACCACGCAGCAAGUGUAGGCGGCAAUGUUUAUGAUGGCUGUGGUGAGUUCAUGCCAGGAGGUGAAGAAGGAAGUUUGGAAGCACUAAAAUGUGCUGCUUGUGAGUGCCACCGCAACUUUCACCGCAGAGAAAUCGAUGGAGAGACCCAAUUCAGUCCGGGUUCAAGAAGAAGUACUACUAUGGUUCAUAGUAUUCAGUUGCCACCACCAUUGCCUUCUCCAACUGUACUGCAUCACCACCACCAUCAUCAGAGAUAUUCGAUGGGGUUGCACACCAGUCCUAACACUGCAAAUAUGGUUCAACCCAUGAGUGUGGCUUUUGGUGUAAGUGGAGGAACUGAGUCUUCAAGUGAGGAUCUUAAUCCCUUUCAGUCUAAUGCAGAGGGAGUGCCCCCUCCUCCACCUUAUGUUAUGUCAAAGAAAAGAUUUAGGACAAAAUUCACACCAGAACAGAAAGAUAAGAUGAUGGAGUUUGCAGACAAAGUUGGGUGGAGGAUUAAUAAACCAGAUGAGGAGGAAGUGGAGAAGUUUUGUGCUGAAGUUGGUGUGAGGAGGCAGGUUUUCAAGGUUUGGAUGCAUAAUAACAAGAAUUUGAAGAAGCAGCCACAGCAACAAGUGCCACUUGAUGAGAACGAGAACGAGAACGAGAACCCAUAA